AUUUAACUAUUUUCAAUUAAUUAUUUUCAUAUUAUUUUAAUACGACAACGCCUGCUUCAUCUUUUUUCAUACUCGCCGUUUCGCAGUCAUGCAGUCUGUAACGGGCGCGAGUAACAAAUUUUCUUCGAUUUAUCAAGAUUCUUGUGCCAAUCUCUAUAAAAAUGACGUAAACAGCAAUUUGUCUUCCACGACAAUCAUGACAUCACCGGUAUCGAAAACAAUGAUUUCGCCUCUUGCAACCAUCCAAUCCACGUUGAUUCCUUCGUUGGAAGGCAUUGAUCUGGCUGGUCGGAUUCUUGAAUGGCAACUUAAGAACGAUAAUCAGUUCCCUACGCUCUCUGAUCAGAUAAAGAUUGGUGAAGCACAUGGAGUUAGUGGACUGUCAGAUGUUGAUUAUCCUAUGUUGGAAGUUGGCCCUAAUGGACUACCUCUCCUCAGGCAGAUGGGAUUGGUUAAUCGAAUUCCCUUACCACCAGAAUUAGUAGAACACUUUGGGCACAUGCAAAGCUACUGCAUGAUGGGGCUUUUCCCUCUCAUUCAACGUGCUUGGUUGAGCAUUGACAGUGAUAUAUAUGUUUGGACAUAUGAGGAUGGGGGUGAUUUGUCUUAUUUCGAUGGUCUGAGUGAACCAAUUAUUGCUGUAGAGUUGGUUCAACCGAAACCAGGCAUCUUUCAACCACACAUUCAAUACCUCUUGUGCCUCGCCACAACUGUAGAAAUUGUUCUCUUGGGCGUUAGUUUCUCCGGAUCCAGUACUAAUUACGAAGAAAUGCACCUUUUACCCGAACCAUUGUUCGCCGUGCCAACAGACGGAGCGUAUAUUGUAACCAUCACUGGCACGACUAGCGGCCGAAUCUUCAUGGGAGCAAAAGAUGGCUGCAUUUACGAAUUCUUUUAUCAGGCUGAGGAAGGAUUCUUCAGUCGCAAAUGUCGUAAAAUCAACCAUUCUAAAAGUACAUUGUCCUACCUGGUUCCGUCAUUUAUCAACGCAGCAUUCAGUGAAGAAGAUCCGAUUGUACAAAUGGUACAAGAUGAAACCCGACACAUUCUCUACACACGCUCGGAAAAGGGAACCAUUCAGGUCUACGAUUUAGGCACAGACGGACAAGCCAUGACUCGGGUGGCGGCCAUCAAUACCAAUACCAUCGUCCAGUCGGCCGCAAAUAUUGCCAGGACGGUUGAUCGUUCCAGUUUUCGACCGUUGGUUGGUAUUGCGCCCAUCGAGUCGAGUGAAUCGACAAACUUGCAUUUGGUCGCUAUUACUGCCUCUGGUGUCCGUCUGUACUUCAGCACUUUACCCUGGCGUGCAUUCAACGAAGCCACGCCUUCUAGCCGCCCAGUGACGCUUCAGCUGGUUCAAGUGCGUCUGCCGCCUGGUUACGCGGCCAAUGCGUCUCCCCAGCGUCCCCAACAAGUCCAUUCGGCCCUAUAUUCUCACGGAACCACGUUUUUAGCCACGACAACAGCCUCGGAGAAUGACGUAGUCUGGACAUUGUCCAAUUCACUUUUUCCAGCUGCCCAGCAAUUGUCAGAGACGCAAAACACGCUGGGGUUGGACGGAAAGACGUGGGCAUUGGCAGAAGUUACUCCCACCCUCAAAAGACAAAUCGAUCCGUCAAUCUUUGCUCCUCCAGCACCUGAGCCUCCACUGAUUGUAACGCAACAUGCUGUGGGACCUCGAAAGUUCAUUUUCCUAACGACGCAAUGUUGCCACGUCGUCACCCAACUUAGGCCGGUGGAUAUUCUCCGUCAAUUACUGUUUGACGCUUCAGGGCCGGAUAGCACCGCCGUUCGUGCUUUUUUCCAGGUUUUGCGAGAAGACCAAGCCUGUGCCACUGCUCUGAUUUUGGCAUGUUCGUCGAGCAUUCAGGACUCGCAGCUGGCUGACUGGGCUGCCCGCGCCUUCUUCCUACUUGGUGGUGACGUGAAAGUCUCUCCGUCUCAUCUGGCUCAUCCCAUUUCGUCACCCGCGUCUCCUUUUGUCGUCAACUCGCCCGCUCAUCUGAACAGUACACCUAGCAACUUCCACCACCAACAGUCGCAUUUUACUUUUAGUUCACCUGAUUCUGGAGGAGGGGGGGGAUUCAACCCAAAUGCCAUUUCGACUCCCCAAAUGCAACCUUACUCGCCCCAUUCGAAUAACGUGGUGACUAGCAGUGGUGGCGCAGAAUUGACCGACUAUCAAUUCUCUGGUCGACAUAACGGACUUUACCUUUAUCUCGGACGCAUACUGAGGCCACUUUGGCUUAUGCCGCUGGCCAGAGAUGUAGGAAAGCCCCAUCAGCCGUUGCUGGACAGUGUCGUCAACAGUGAAGAGUUGUUAACUGUGCUGGGCCAACUGAACGCUCUUAAGGGAUUCGUUCAUGCCAAUAUCCAUCAAAACGGUCCGCAGAGCUACCAGUCCAGUGAGAAGGGCCGCCUUCAGGAUGCUCAAAUGCAGGAGAGAAAAUCUCUGUUGGCCAUGAAACAAUUGUUGGAUCAUACCGUCGAAGUACUUGCUCUCUGGAAAGUGUUGUGCGAUCACCAGCUCCAUUUGCUCGGCCAAUCGUUGUCGGCUGAAAUGCGGAUGUCACUCAAGACAACGUUGUUCCGCGACCUCAUCCUUUCCGGUUCCGACACCUGCAUUGGGCUGAUCAACGCUCUCAUUCAUCGAUACUUGGAUGAUGCGGCCAGUACGGACGCCAUCAGUGAAAAAUUGAGACAGGUCUGCCCGUCUCUCUACCGCAAUGAGGAUGCUCUAUGCACUAAAGUCAACGAGCAACUUCUCAAGGCUCGAACGAACACCAUGAGCCGCAUGGACAAGGAGCGUCUGCUGCAGCAAACGCUGGAAACGUGCAAGCAGAUUCCGGCUCGCAUCAAUUUGGCGCACGUUUGCCAACAGUUGUCCGCUUGUCAGUACUUCGGAGGCGUGGUGGAGCUCUGCUGCGUCGUGGCUGAGAAGCUCGACCCUCAGCACCGUGCCCAACAAUGCUACAGCGGCCAACAAGAAGAUCCUGCCGCUGUCGAGGCGCUUUUGGCUCGUAAAAAUUGCUACCAGCAAAUGUGCCUUGUUUUGCAGAAACUCUACACGGCCGCUGCGUGCCAUCCUCAGUCGCCCAGCGUGCCCAAAUCACCCGGACCGAUGGUACAAACGACUCCACAGGGAUACGAGGAGGGACUAAGCCCAUUAGAAGCGCAGCGGUUGGCAGAUGAAACUCUUUCUCUUGCCUUGCAAUCGGAUGAUGAACUAUGUCAUGUUGCCAUUUUCGAUUGGUUGACGGACAACAAGUGGGACGACAAGUUGUUGGAAAUUCAGUCGCCCCACUUGGAGAAUUACCUCAAGAGGCAAACAGUUGGUCAGGUUGGUCAACAGCAGCAAACAGAUUUAGUUGCAAAAUACGAUCUGUUAUGGAAGUUUUACGAAAAAAGUGGCCAGUUUAUCGCCGCUGCACGAGUUCUUUCCCGUCUAGCUGAUGCCCACAGCACGGCCAUAAGUCUUCCGAUGAGAAUAGAAUACCUUUCGCGGGCCAUUGUGUGCGCGCGAGCGGCUGAGACGAGCUCCUUCGGUAACGCCGUUCAGGGCCAGUUCCUCUACGAAAUGGAGGAGAAAAUGGACGUGGCUAAAGUCCAGUCUCAAGUGCUGGAAGCCGUCUCUCGGUUGCCCAGUCGAGAUGCCGACACCAUCAGCCGUUUACAUUCCGACUUGCUUGACGUGACUCAACUAUACGAGCAAUUCGCUGAGCCAUUGGGUCUGUGGGAAUGCAAACUGGCUAUUUUGCACUGCGCCAAUCAUUACGACUCGGCUCUGGUGACCAGCAUUUGGCAAAAUAUUAUCAAUGCUGAAGUCAAGAAACUGAGUAGUGCCGACACUGAAACAAAACUGGCCACCCUGGGUAGCAAAAUGAAAACGCUAGGUCGAACUUAUGCCCAGUCAGAGCAAUUUUUCCCUUUGGAGUUCCUCGUUAAGACCCUGGAAACAUAUUCAGUUCGCUGGAAUGGCCCACCAGGCUGGGCCGUUUCCAUCAUACUGACAGCUGGAGUAUCGUUCCAGCGUCUUUUUGCCGUUUACAAUCGCCUGUACGGCGCAAAGGAUGUCGUUUGGCAAGCUGAAGGCAAACCCAAUCACUUGCUCAAAGUGCUGGCCGACAUGUUAAAUCGGCUUGUUGAUUCCUCUACUGGAGGCUUGGCAGCCCUGGUGCCGACAGCCGAUCGUCGAGCUCUUAUAGGACAGUGUGUCGAGGCCGUUGGUGUCUAUUUGACGGAUCUAUUUUGCACGACUCACGCCACAUCACCUGCCCUCAUAGCCGAAUUCCGUACUCUACAAGGCAAAUUAGAACUUUUGUAACGAAUAUUUUAAAUGCUGUUUUUCUCCCCCAUAGUUGUCAUUCAUCCCCUAUUCUUUUUUCUUCUUUUCCGAUUCUUUGAAGCAACAUUUUAUUUCUCAUUUUCGUGAGCCCUGUGUGUGUGAGCGAGGGCGAAUUCUUGUUGUCAUCUACCAUACGCCUCAACUCUUAAUCCAAUCCACCGAUCAUAUCAAUACAUACCCAGCAUUGUGUGGCCAUUCA